UCCGUUUCUAGCAUUUUCUGAGCACGGCGGAUUUACGCAGGAGCACCGCUAGAGCACCACCAGCAGCAGCAGCUAGAGGUUUCUAGAAACAACGUGCACCGGGAUAGUCACCGGCACACCGACCAGCUCUCCGGACCCAUCCUCAUAUAUUCUCACUUUAUAUCCGGAAAGAUGGCGAAGUGGGGAGAAGGAGACCCUCGGUGGAUCGUGGAGGAGAGAGCCGACGCGACUAAUGUCAACAACUGGCACUGGUAAGAUUAUGAAAGGACACAGGCUGCGAGCUAACAUGCUAAUGCUAACAUCAUCCAUUCAGAGGCUUUAUGUGGAGCUACAGACGCAGUUCGGGGCUUUCUUAGAUCUAUAUAGACCAGUGUUUGCUACACACACGUUAACAGAUACACAUAAGUGUGAAAAUUAUGUGUUUAUAAGUGAUAAAAAUGAAGUCUGAGGGUCUAAAAUGAUUGAUCCUGUAGUCGUGUCCUGGUUAGCUUCCGUUAUAGUUAGCUUCUGUAGUUUUUAAGCCGUUGUUGGGCGCUAACAACACUGUACCUGUUACUAAACACGUGUUUGGGUGUCAAAACAUUGAAACGCCUGUUGUGUAUUUACCUGAAACAGUUAAACACACCUGUGAUUUGUCUGUUCAUGUGUCAGUUUAUGGAAACUUGAUCAGAUUUCUUGUUAAUAGACUAGGAUUUUGGGGCCCUUCAAAGCAGUGUCUGACAUGUUAGUACAAAGAAAUGUUAACUGUAUGUUUUAGAUUACUCAUAACACUGGAGUAGUUCCCUAUUUCACUAUAUUCCCAUCUAUUUUGUAGGCCUACAGGUAGGGCUGGGUGAUAACACGAUAAUAAAAUAUAUCAAUAAUUAAUGUCCCACAAUAUCGAUAUGAAACAUGGUCAAUAUGCUCUUUGAAAGUCAGCAUUCUGUCAUGGUUUGGUAGACUAAAGGAAUACGAAUGAAAAGGGGAGUUGUUCUGGGUCCUAGCCGCGCUGAACCGACUCUUCAGUCCGCUCUCUCUAGCGCAACGCCUCAUGACAAAAUUACAAAGAGACACAAAGACCUCACAGAUGCAGUAGCUUAUUGUGUUGCAAAAGACAUGCUACCAAUAAGUACUGUUAAAUUUAAUUUAAGAGUAACAUAUAUCGUGAUAAACUUUUUCCCAUAUCGCCCAGCCCUACCUGCAGGAUUAUGAGACAAAUAGGCGAUGUUUGGGAAGGCUGUUAUGUGUCUGUGUUAAAAAAGACUUUUCCGAUUGAACGUGUUUGCAGAUUGACUUCACUCACUAGCUUUCAAUAAGACUCAACUACUGUUGUUUCCCUGUUUGGGUUCACUUCGUCAUUGCGUCUGUCUCUUGUGGAUUAUUCAGGACUGAACGAGAUGCAACAAACUGGUCGUCGGACAAAUUAAAAUCCCUGGUCCUGGGGUUGGCUGUGGAGAACGAUGAAGGCAGCUGUGAGGUGACGGAAGUCAGUAAGCUGGAGGGAGAAGCCUCCAUCAACAACCGCAAAGGGAAACUCAUUUUCUUCUAUGAAUGGAACCUGAAAGCCACUUGGGUUGGUAAGGAAACCAUUGCGGCCGCUGUCGAGUUUGUUUUUGAGGGAUCACUAUCAAUUUCCUUUAAACAACCAACUUAUUUCCUUUAAUUUAAUUUAGUAAAACUAUUUUCAUUGUAUUGUUUGAAGUGAAGAAGCUUUUAAUGUUUGCUGACGACGGUUUUCUCUCCAUGUGACCAGGAAAAUCGAAAUCAGGUGUGAAUUAUAAAGGAACGAUCGAAGUCCCGAACCUGUCCGAUGAGAACGACAUGGAGGAUCUUGAAGUGAGUUACAUGAACAGCUUUUUGUUUUCUAAGAACCCAGACUGCCUCAGUCUAGAAAGAACUGUGUGGUAAACCCAAUCCUGCGGUCUUUCCUAGAUUGCUGUAUCGCUGAAUAAAGAUGAACCUGACACGCCGCUGACCAACCUGAUGAGGACAAAAGGAGCGGAGAAGAUCCGUGAAGCCCUGGGGAGCUACGUGGGGUACUUAAAGUCAGGUAGGUGUGGUGAUCUUAUUACAUUUAAUAGGAACUGAACAAAAGCAAUCUGCAGGUUCAAAUGGAGAGGGAUGCAAGAGAGGGAUUUUAGUCCACCGCGAAGGAAGGCAUCGCAAUCUUUUUAACUUCCCUAAUGACUGAUAAGAACCUGUUAAAGGUUUUGUUUAACAGUCUCAUCUGAACGAUAAUGAUUUAGAUUAAUCAUUAAUGGUUAUUUUAAGCUGUAGGUCUCUACUUUUCACCGAAUGUACUUUUUAUGUUCACGUAUCAGUGCUGUUAUUUGGGAUAAACUCAGUCUGAGAAAUUACCAGCAGUGAGUCGUGUUAGCUACGUGUAUAUCAUCUUUAUUUACCUUCAUUUAAAGGCUUGAUAUCAUUAAAAAUGUGAUUAAAUAUUUGUGUUUGUAUGUGUAGGGGAAAUUUGCUUGCUCUUCUGGCUGAUAAACGCUAUUUAUCACAUUUAAAUGUACAUCUGGAAUGAAACUUUCUCUAUAUCUCUCCAUUAUUGGGAAGUUUUAGCCCAGGUGAGCUCAUUUUUGUUCCUUUUUGCUGCAGAGUUCACUCAGGGAAUGAUCCUGCCCACAGCAAACGGCAUGGCCAAACCUCAGUCCACUUCGCAGUCCAAGGCCAAGACGGAUAAAACUCACGUAAGGAGAUCUCCAACCUUCUGCUUCAGUUAACAUUUUUCAACGGAGCUCUUGUCCCUUAAUUAUUUACUAUAACGAUUCAUCUGUUAUGAACCUCCUCAGUGUUUUCCUUCAGGCGGUGAAGCACCUCUAUCCUCACCAGACUUUUCUUCUUUUCAUGUGAAACAGAUUUCCUCCUCCUCCAGCAGCACAGCUGCUCCCGUCAACACUGGCGUCAAGAUUCCCACCUGUAAAUUCAGCAUGAGGGAAAAGUUCCUCACCUCUCCGGCUGAUCUCUACAGGGUUUUCCUCAACCAGGAGGUGAGCUACAUCUGGCUGUCUGCUAUCUCUCACCUUGAUCAGAUUUCAUACUGUCCUGAGGAAACUGAAGCGUGAAAACUGUUUAAAAAGCUACACACACUGUACCUUUUUAAGAGUCAGGAGAGAAAAUAUGAGUGCUGAGUUCAACUGUCUGAAUGUUUUUGUUUGUCUUGACUCUGCAGAUGGUCCAGGCAUUCACACACGCUUCAGCCACAGUGGAGGGAGAGCGGGGCGGAAAGUUUCGCCUACUAGAUGGAAAUGUUUUUGGUGAAUUCACAGAGCUGGUAAGACCGACGUGAAACCUGAAAACUGUUAAAGAAAAAACGUCAGUAUCUGUGUGUUUAAAAGCAGAAACAGGUCAAAGAUUUAGCUCUAACUUUUUGUCGAUUUUAUCAUCAAACUAACUGUCUGAAUAUCCACCAGGUCCCAGAUGAGAAAAUAGUAAUGAAGUGGCGAUAUAACAACUGGCCCUGCGGUAAGUUUAUGUCACAUAUUAAAGUAAAAGCAGCUUAGUGUAAAAUGUGUGGCUCUGAAGAAGUCCCACUGUGAGCGUGAACACGUCAUGUGAUCGUGUUUCUGUCCCACAGAGCAUUACUCGACAAUCACAAUGACUUUCUUGGACCGGAGCAGCGAGACGGAGCUGAAGGUGGAGUGUCGAGGCGUCCCAGACAACGAGGAGGAGCGGACGAAAGAAGGCUGGAAGAGAUACUACUUUGAAGCGAUCAAACAGACUUUUGGCUUCGGAGCGCGGCUCUUCUGAAGAUUGUUCACUGUAGUGCUGUUUUCAGUUCCGUUUUGAAUUUUUUAAACUGCUUGUCCUUCGGUCUGUCUGGCACGAGAUGUCCAAAUGUAAAAAUCACGACACGGGUCGACGAAUAGAGACCAGAUGGGUGAGGCUAACGUGUCGCCUCUGUGUGUGUAAAUGUUGAAAUUUCUGAACAUAUUUAAAUUUUUGAUUCCUUCCUGUCAGUAUUUGAGUCAGUUGUUCAAAGGAGCGUCGAUGGACUGUGCCUUUGGGACUCUGGAUGGAAAAUGAAUUAAAAUAAAGAAAAGAAGAAUCUAUUGAACCACUAAAGAUAAUUGGCCUCCAGUUCUAUAAAUAUGUAAUUAAUGCAAGAGUUAAAAUUAAAUGUCAGCUUUCUUUUAUUUCAAAGGUUCUAUGUUGCUUUUAAAUCGAUUUGUGUUUUUGUUUUUUACUCUUGAAAUCUAACUGUAGUAAAGAUGCUUUCAGCCAAGAUGCAUGUUUCUUUUCAAACUGCCGGGCGGGGGAAUGACUGCUGAAUCUGAACUUUACAUGUAAAGUCUGUCACUUAUAUCUAAACAGUUCUGUACUUUGUUUUUGUUUCAUUCAGACUUGAUUUCAUGCACAUCGGAAAAAAAACCCGACGGCUGUCUGCGUGUGCGGAUCAGCGAGGACAUGGUUGUUCGAAAUAUGAAAACAGUUUCACCUCUUUAUGCGGGUAGCUAACAACAGUAGCAACCUAUGAGAGACGUUUUGCUAUAUUUGGCAUCAAAAUGUAAAUUUCCAUUAAAAGAAAGUUUUCAGAACAUCUAUUUAUUCAUCACCUCAUCCUUCACCGCUGUAAAAAGAUUAGCAGAUUGGAAUAAACCAAUCCCUGUAUGCGUUUGA